UCAAACUUACCUACCCCACCUUUAAGUCUAAAAACAGAACUACCGAUGUAACAAGUAGACAGAUGGGGGUGUCCAGAUCAGGUUUCACAUGCUACAAAUAGGGGCCGUCCCCCUGCAGGGUCAUUAUGCAUUAAGCACAGGCUGAGCUGAAGUGUAAGUCUACACACACAGAGGUUAAAGGACAAUAACUUCUCUGCAGACAUGAGUCAAGUUGUGGAUAUUGAGCGCUAUGAUCUUGACAUUAAGAGAAACAGCAGCAGCCAUCACACCGAGCAGUGUGGAAAGGAGCGUUUGAUUGUAAGAAGGGGGCAGCCCUUCAAUAUCACCUUACACCUCAAGCCAGGCAGCAAAGAGUUCAAGCCGGGUGAAGAAAGCUUCACACUCAUCGUUGAGACUGGUCCAUUACCCAGAAAAGAGUCAGACACUAAGGCUACUUUUGAUCUAAGCGACUCCACAGCAGACGAUGAGUGGAGCGCUUCUGCCUCUUAUGAUCCCUCCGGAAACUCAGUGUCUGUCUCUAUCAGCUCCUCGCCCAACGCCCCUAUAGGGCUCUACUCUCUGACUCUGGACCAGGAUGGGCAGAAGACCAGUUUAGGACAGUUCACCCUGCUUUUUAAUCCUUGGUGCACCAGAGAUGCUGUUUACAUGCGCAGUGAGACGAAGAGGCAAGAGUAUGUUUUAGCUCAAUAUGGGCUCAUCUACAGGGGAGCAGCUACACGAAUCAAGGGGAAACCCUGGAACUUCGGACAGUUUGAACCAGGAAUACUGGAUAUCUGUCUAAAGAUCCUGGAUGAUAACCCCAAAUUUAUCUCUGAUGCCGACAAGGACUGCUGUGCCAGGAGGAAUCCCAUCUAUGUGACCAGGGUGCUGAGUGCUAUGAUCAACAGUAACAAUGACAGAGGUGUGCUGGUGGGAGAGUGGCAGGAUUUUACAGGUGGGGUUCAUCCAGGAAAGUGGAUCGGCAGCGGGGACAUCUUGCACCAGUGGACAGAAAGUGGCCCCGUCCGCUUCGGACAAUGCUGGGUCUUUGCUGCUCUUGCGUGCACAGUGUCCCGGGCCUUGGGCAUCCCAUGCCGAGUGGUUACUAACUUUGGAUCGGCUCACGACUCUGACGCCAACCUGAUGAUAGAAAACCUGUAUGAUGAAGAUGGUGAAAGAAUGUCAAAUGGUGAUUCGAUAUGGAACUUCCAUGUGUGGGUGGACAGCUGGAUGACUCGUCCUGAUUUGGGGACAGACUUUGAUGGCUGGCAAACCAGUGACCCUACCCCACAGGAGACAAGUGAUGGUGUUUUCUGUUGCGGACCGUCCUCUUUGAAGGCCAUCAGGGAAGGAGAGCUGACAAAGAAAUAUGACGCUCCCUUUAUUUUUGCUGAGGUUAAUGCUGAUGUUGUGGACCUGGUACGCCUGUCAAGUGGAAAGUUCGUACAGUUUAGUGGAUCAACUAAAUCUGUUGGACGGUACAUCAGCACCAAAGCUGUGGGCUCGGAUGAUAGACACGACAUCACACACCAGUACAAGUAUCCAGAAGGCUCAAAGGAGGAGAGGCAGGUGUAUGAGAAGGCUCAGCAUCACAACAAUCUACUGCAGCGAGGAGAAGAGCCGGGGCUCCAUCUCAAGAUCAAACUGGCUGAUAACAUGAUAGUGGGCUCGGACUUUGAAGUGCACGCUGUCCUCACCAACAACUGCGUGGACGCGAGGAUCUGCACCUUCCUGUUCUUCGCCAAGGCUGUCGGCUACAACGGAAAACUGGGAGACGGCUGCGGAUUCACUUCAGACAAAGUGGAGGUGCCCUCUGGAGAAGAAAGGCGCAUGUCCCUCAGACUGGAGUAUGAGCGUUACGGAUCAGCGAUCACCUCCGACAGGUUGAUCCAGGUGUCAGCCAUCACCAUCGACAAGCAAAUCACAAAUUACCAUAAGGCUGAGAAGACCAUCGUGCUGGACGAGCCAGAAAUACACAUCAAGCUGUUGGGAGAGGCCACAGUGAGGCAGAGUGUGACGGCCUCACUGACCCUCCUGAACCCUCUCCCAGAGCCCCUGCAGGACUGCAGCUUCACCGUGGAGGGGGUCGGCCUCACUGAGGGCAAACCCCUAACAGCCAGGAUUGAAGCUGUGGGCCCCAAACAGGAGGCCAAGGCCAGCUUUGAGUUCAGUCCCACCAGUGCGGGCCCCUGUGUGCUGCUGGUUAACUUUGAUAGCGACAAACUGAAGAAUAUCAUGAGCUCCAUCAAUGUUGUUGUGAAAGAAUCAGCCAGUACAGAAGCCAAUACAGUCUAAUGCCUUUUUUUUAAGCCCCUUAUAUAUCCACAUAUUGUCCUAGGAUUUGUUGUUAUAAUUUCCAAAAUCAUUAAUUUCAUGAUGAAAUACAAUGAUCCACAUCCACUAAUCAUUAUGUACAGUGCUUCCUUAGUAAGCCUUAAAACUAUAAUAUUUUGACAUUAAGAAAUUAACUUCACUUAAAUAAUUAAUAACGUAACAUAUUAAUUUGUAUUUGGUCACAUUUAAAUGAAAACAUUUUGUUAUUGGUAAAAACAAUUUCCGAUAAGUUAACAAAUGUUUUUUCAAUAUACAAUGUUUUGAGGCUUGGGGUGUGUUUGUGUAAUUGCAGUGUGAAAAUAAAUGCCAUGUCACAUAAUG